CUCAAAUCUUUGUCCGCCAUACUGUCGUUCGAGUCUGUCCAUCGUCGUACCCACACCGCCGUCUGGAUACUUGUUGAAGUCAAGCACAAGCACUUGCCAUCCCGGAACCAUGACCGACACUACCGCGCAGGAUGGAUGGAAGGAAGUGGGCAUGAAGGAGCUCGAAACUCCAGAGGGAUACGUGGGUAACUUGACGCCGGAGCACGCCGACAAGCUCAGAGAGAUGUGGGCGGCCUUUUUCGAUUGCUGUGAUCGAGCUUCGGGAGGAGCUGCAAAGGAAGGUGGAUCGGGGUGGCAAGGAAAUGAGGAAAAGGAUCCUACCAAAUUGGGCAUUCCUCAGGAUGAUGCGGCCAAAGAGGAGGCGAAGAAGAGGAUGGAAGAACAAGGCAUGAAAGAUCUGCUCCAGACUUACGGCUCCGAGGCGCUCAAAGAUACAUUCUGGUCCUUCAACAAAGCCGACAAUCCCGACACCAACCUUUUGCGAUUUCUUCGAGCGCGAAAAUGGGACGUGUCUCGCGCCAUGGCCAUGCUGGCCACUUGCCUCAAAUGGAGGCUAGACUCUGGCGUGGAGCACGUAGCUACUCAAGGCGAUCUUGGCAAUGGCGAAGAGAUUCCAAAAUUUCUGGAUCAGCAACGGACCAGAAAGAUCUACGCUCAUGGAUGCACGAAGAAUGAACAACCGGUUUGCUACGUCGAGAUGAAGAAGCACCUCACUUUUGGACAGCCCGGAAGCACCAUGCAGAAGUUUGUCAUAUUUCAGAUGGAGACCUGGAGGCUCUUCAUGAUUCCACCACAGGACAAGAUGGUCAUCCUGUUCGAUCUCAAUGGCUUCGGCAUUAGAAAUAUGGACUGGGUAUCUCUGCUCUACGUGGUCAAAUGCCUGGAAGCCUACUUUCCAGAAUCUUUGGGCACGAUGUACAUCCAUCGGGGACCCUGGAUCUUCUUCCAAGCCUGGAAAUUGGUCAAAGGUCUGCUUGAUCCGGUGGUCAGGAGCAAGAUUGCUUUUACUCAAAAGCCUGAAGAUCUUACCGGCAACAUUCCUCCAGAGCGCUUGGUCAGCAUCAUGGGCGGCGAUGUGGAGAACCAGUUCGAGUGGAUCGAGCCUGCAGCUGAAGAGAAUGACAAGUUGAAGGAUACAGCGACCAAGGAUAGGCUUUGGAAGAGGCAUCGAGCACUGACGAGGGAAUAUGAGGGCGUGACCAGAAUGUGGAUCCGAGCUGGUGGGGACGACAAGGAUGCCCUUCUGGCCGAGAAGAGGCGCGUGCUGGUCAAGAAGCUUCGUGUCAGCCAGUUCGACCUGGAGCCUUACGUGCGCGGCGCGACGGUGCACCAUCGAAAUGGAACACUGCCACGGGGCAAUCCAGGUAUUGUAAGAUGGCAAUACGAGCUCAAGUCGGGCGACAAGAUCCGCCAAAUCGUAGGGCACAGCCAAUCGCGCAAAUCCUUGAUUCGAGAGCUGGUCGAAAUAUCCAACGGAUCCUCCGUGUUGGAAGCCGAAGCGCAAACUCGCAAGAUCAUCGAGGGGGGAGCAUGGGGUCGCUGGGAUACGUGCGAGGAUCUGCCAGAAGAGGUCAAGAGCCGAGUCGACGCCUUGCUCGAACCGUCUGACCUGCUUGCUGCGGCGAAUGCAGACGCGGCUGCACCGACGCAAGAGGCAAGCGAGCCCCGCGACAGUAACGCUCCGACUGCUGCAGAUCAGAAUCACGAGAGCGCUUCGACGGCCACUUUGGACUCCAAGGCUACUGCUGUCGCUCAUUCUCCGGCUCAGGCCACGGUACCGCAGAGCACAGCAUCCGAGAAGGUCGCCCCUCCCGAACCGGUCAAGCGUCAGUCCAUGUUUGGUUCCAUCAAGUCUAAGCUCGUCUCCUAAGUCGCGUUCGCUACCGAUAUUCCCCAACACACCGAUGCCCUCUGCGAGCCUGCUCAGUUUUGUCUGUCAAAUUCCCUGCCCAUGGUACUUGCUGAUUGACAAUUCUUUUCUCUCAC